AUAACGAAAAAGAUAGCGAACCAAGUGAUUCAGAAUAUGAUACUGCUGAAAAAGAACCAGAUAUUCAUUUCGAAAAAAUCAAGAAUCCAUACAUUAAUAGAAUAGCAGAAGCCAGAAAAUUUAAUGAAGGUGAGGUAUGCGAUUAUUAUGCAUUUGUACCAAAAGGAUACUAUGCCGAGGGUGAGCUAUUAGCUUUCUUCGAAUCAAUCGAAGAAAAAAUUGCAGAUAUUUAUAAAAAAGAAUUAGUUCUUAAGGGUAGAUUAAAGCAUGAAACUAUAGAAAUUAUUAGAGAAGAUCGAAUCAAUGCAACUAUAGAAAAAGGAUAUAAUGAAAUUAUAGAUCAAAUAGAAGGUGAGGCAUUACAAGAAUCAGGAUGGUCUUUUGUUCGAGCAGAAGAAGUAUUUCUUGAAAUAAGCGCAUUCAGACCAUUACGAGAUAGUAGUUGGCUAUCUUUACCAGAAGAUUUAGAUAAGCCACAGCUCGGUUUAAUUAAUCCGCAAAAUUUCAAAGACAAUGAAUGCUUUAGAGAUUGUGUUAAUAUACACCAUGCAAGAGAAGAUGCACUAAAAGCAGGACAAAAACCUACACAUCUUGAACGUGUAAGCAAGAUUAGACGAUAUGGUAAUAUAGCUAAUUUUGAAGGCAUAAAUUUUCUAGCAACACUACAUGAUGUUGAUAAAUUCGAGAAAAAUAACCCAAACUAUGCUAUAAAUAUAUUUAGGCCAGUGUAUAAAGAAGUGUUCGGAAAAAUAAAAGUAGAUAUAGACCUAUUAUAUAUCUCUGAAAGAAAUUAUCAAGUCGAACAUACUUUGACUAGAUUUAUUAGAAAAGCAUAUUCUAACAUGUCUAGGACCAACAGAAGAAAUCGAAGUAAAGAAAAAGAUAAUGAAGAAAAUACUAUAAAAUUAGCAGAGCAAAAAGCAAUUUCAUAUGGAUAUACAAUAUAUUGUUCAGAUGGGACUACACAAAAACCAGUAAUUAAUCGAGAAUCAGAAAAUAUAAUAAAAGACUUAAUAGAAAACCUUCAAGAAGAUCUAGAA